UCUGUAAAUUUGUGGUAACUUUUGUUUACUUAAAACAAAAAAGGUUAAGUCGACGUGUUCAAAUGUAAAAUCCAUUCUGUAUUCCAUUCCGUAUUCCAUUCCGUAACUUAUUCUGUCUUGUUCUUGAAGUGCAAAGUAUUAAAUACCAACGAUGAGAGCUACUAUUUUUUUAAUUUUUAUAGUGUCUUUUAUAGGAGCUGGCCGUCGAUGUUGCGAAGGUUCGGAAAUAAAAGAAGAAGAUUUAAAAAAAAAAGACGUAGUCGGUGCUUAUAAUUUACCUAACAUGUUGUCCGUGGGAUUUAAUAUAUCGUUAACAGAUACAUCGAACGUAAGGACAUAUGCAUUGGUAAAAGAAGAUAAAAAAAGUCCGUUUCCAGGUUUAGACAUUCUUGCACGGUAUACACCCGAACAUAAGGACUACAAAAAGUACCUAAAAUUCGUUGCACCGGAAUACAAAACAGGUUCGAAAAAAACAUUAAAAAUAGGUGACACUGUCGGUGUUCGAUUACCUAAGAUUUUCAAGACUGGAAUGGAUGUUUAUACAUAUCCAGAUGAAGAAAUAACAUAUGAUAUCGUAAAAAUGGAGUAUCUCCGUUUCCAUCUUUACCAAUUCAUGAACAUAGGCCACUCGUAAAAAAAGAUGUAUAACUACAAGUUAAGUCAACUUGUAGUAUGAGCAGUUCCGGAAUAGGUAAAAAAAAUCGUUAAAUAUUUGUUUAAAUAAGUUAAAUUUUAUGUACAAUAAAUAAAUAUAUAUAAAAUAUAAUAAAUAUUACAUUUAUUUCACUUGACAAAGGUACAAACUACAAUUUUUAAUAUUAGAAAUUGUACAUUUGUUAUAUUUCUUUUCUACAGAAUUUUAUUUGUUACAUCAUUUUGUUUUAUCUUUGUUACAUAAAUAAGGGUUCACGUAACCAUGUUUUUAUCU